AUAAAGUAAUUCUUAUUAAUAUUUGCAAGGCCCGCUAUAUUAUUCCCGAUGAACUGGAAAGUUGGGCAAUUGAGACAAUUCAUGCAUCCUGGAGGGGGUAUAAGUGUCGAACUAAGGCAGCGCAUUAUACAGCUUUUGAAACUGAUGAAAUUAGGCUACAAAAUAGGCCUGAUGAUAUUCCACUUGAGAGGUUCAAAUUGCUGUUGGAAUAUUGGAAUGAUGAAAGUAUUCAGGAUAAAGCCAGGAAAAAUUCAAAUAGCCGCAAGUCAUAUACCGAGACUCACACUCUUGGUCCUAAAAGUAUCGCACAGCUUCGACACAAAAUGAAAAAGAAUGCCCCAGAUGAGUCUGAACCAUGUGAUGCAGAGGUUUUUGUGAAAACUCGGACUCGUGAUGCAGGACGCGAGUACAAGACCAGUACUAAAACAAUGAAAAAGAAAAUUGAUAAAAUUAACAAAAAAAUCAAUUCCGGGGAGGCUGCUGAUGAAAUGCUUUUGGAUAAAGAGCAUGGCCCGACUUGGCUCUUAGGGAGAUGCAAGAAGCCGCAAAAACUAUCAGCUGCUGCUCCAACGGAUACAUAUGUCAAAGAAUUGACAACAAAAAUUAAGGAAGGCCUUGCUGCUGAAGUCGAGGAAAAAGUGAAGAAAAUCCAAGAAGAGGUAGAUGAGCAGGUAAACAGGAAGGUGCAACAAAAUUUGGCAUCGGUCCUUAAGAAACUUGGUGAAGCAAACCCGUUCACAAUUGAUGUUACAGAGCUGUGUGCACAUGUGGCCAGUGACAAUGACGAUGGCACACCAAUGACUAAAGGCACCAGCUUCUAGUUUGCUAAUAGUAUGGUUGUUUAGACUUUGGUUCUUUGAAGUUAUUUUGACUAGCUAAUAGUAUGGGGUUAUAUAUCUAGACUUUUUGUUAUUAAACUGUUAGUUUGCUGGUAGUUGGUCGAUUCUGGAUAUUAUGUUGGUUUAGCUGUGGAUUUGAUGUUGGAGUAAAUUGGAUUUGAUGUUGGUUUUUGUAUGUUUACAAUGGUUUGUUGAAAUGAUGGACAAAUUUUGGGAA